CGAUGGAAGGUACAAGUCUUCAGGAAUUGGACGCUGUGUUGGUCGCCCUGCGGCCCUGGGGGCGGUUUCAGGUAUUCCAGCUUUUCCUUGUGUUCGUUGACCUCUUCCCUGCUGCUUUUGCCAUCCUCAGCGCAGUAUUUACAGGAUACAUCCCGGAAUUCACGUGCUUGGAUGUAGAGAAUGGCGGGAACCUGACUGUCGGCAGAAAAUACGAGGUUAAUGAUGACCAGUGCUCAUAUGGCGUAUAUUCCGUUCAUGAAAACUUGUCCACUCUUCUUGAAACAAAACAAUGCACGAACUUUUCCUAUAACUACGCAUUCACAUAUGCCACAGAGUGGGGCCUGGUUUGUGGGCGUUCAAACUUGGCGGCUCUUGCUCAGUCACUUGUGAUAGUCGGACAAGGCAUCGGAGCUAUCACCACCUCGCAUUUAGCGGACCGUGUCGGCCGAAAAACGGUUCAUGUUAUCUCGCACUUGGGUAUCCUAGCAACGAUGGGCGUCAUGGCGGUUUCAUCAAAUAUUUAUAUGUUGUUGGCGCUCCGACUUGUCGCUGGGACAUUUCAACAGGGUAUGGUAUGUACGGGAAAGAUUUUGGCACUAGAAAUUUUCCCGCGAAAGCAGCGAUCUCAUAUCGAGGCUAUCACCUUCCUGGCCUGGUCUUUUGGCAUUAUGGCCCUCACGCUGAUUGGUUGGCUCUUCCAGUCCGUUGACUGGCGCUACCUGCAGCUCGCACUUGCCACCUGCUCGCUGUAUGCGUUGUUUCAGUGGUGGAUGAUGGAUGAAUCUAUGCGCUGGCUGAUCAGCAAUGGCCGAAUCAAAGAAGCCAAACACAUACUGAAAAAGGCUGCUAGAUGGAAUAAUGUCGACUAUGCGAAGGUUGAAGCUGUCUUUGAUGAACAUGUGCGUGUCAAGUCUACCAUGGACAGGCCGCUCGUUCUUGUUAAUGGGAAAGCCAAAUAUACAAGAACCGAGAAAAACAGUGCUGAUAUUAAAGGAAACAAAACGCAAAUGAAAAAUGAAAAAGCAGCAGCCACAGUAGAAAAAUACACAGUUAUUGACAUUUUACGGAACCCUGCACUUCGGGCAAAUACGCUCAUACUGUGGUACAGCUGGAUCGUUGCCACGGGCACGUACUACGGGCUAAUAUUGGUAUCUUCUCAUCUGGCCGGCGAUCGCUUUAUUAACUUCUUUCUAAGUGGUGCAAUAGAGGUACCAUCUCUAACCCUAGAGUUCUACCUUUUUAACAAGAUCGGACGGAAACGGACAAUGAUCCUAUGGUUCGCGGUAGCCGCCAUCAAUUUGGUGAUUUCCACCGUUAUUCUAACAGUUUUUCCUGGGGUCAGGGCAGCGGCCAUAGUGGCAACAGGUUUUUCUCUAGUGGGCAAGUCCGCCAGCACUGGUUCGUUAAGCACCGUCUUUCUCUACACGCCCGAGAUUUACCCUACAAACUACAGAAAUAGCGGUCUGGGGAUUGCAUCAUCUAUCUCUCGAAUUGGAGGUCUUCUAGCGCCGUUUGCAAGUAAUUUGGCCUUAAUCGCGAUGUGGAUUCCGGGUGCCAUCUUUGCAACCAUGUGUCUCAUCGUAGUCCUGCUGGCGAUGCGACUUCCUGAAAGCGCCACUCACGAACUUCCGGCUACUAUUGCCGAGUGUGAAACGUGGGAAAGACAUGGAUGGCUACGAAGGGACUCGGAAGAUGCAGCUGCAUAGUUUUUUUAGAAGUUUUAAUAACGAUAUGACUGUGAUGCUUUAGUUAUUGAGCACGUAGUUACAUUAUAUUAAUUAUAUCAAUUGAAGUGGCGAUAUUAUUAGGAAAUGAUUAAUGGCAUAAAUGGGUACGUUUUGACUCUAUUGAGAAGAAAGGUUAAAGUUUACUUUCCAAGCCUCCAAACACGUGCUCCUUUGACAAUGAUAAACAUUGAAGGUAUUUUGCACAGAAACAUUUACUGAAAUAAACAAUCAUAACUUUUCUCAUUACUAAAAGUACAUUAACUUUAAAACAUGUACACAUUUUGUUUUAAUUAUGUUUUUGUUGAAUGAUCAAACGCUGAUGGUAUAGUUUAUUGCGCAUGUACAAUCAACAGUGGAGUUACACGACUCACAUACGAAGCAUGCUGAUUAUUAGAAACCUGCUGAAAAGUUUUGUGGAACCAGAACAUUAUGUUCUGGAUUUUGGAAAGUUAUAAAACCCUUCCUUUCCAUCUAAGGAGCUCCCCCCUCUGGUGGCAGAAACGUUGAAUCUUAAUUACGACAUGCCUUUCUCAAUCUACAUUAAAUGUUCCGGAUAGUCAUACUAGUCCCAUUAAUGUUUCUGAAUCAGGAAGGCCAAUAUUCGUGACAUCGAUAUGUCAUUGAUUCA